AGCAGGCAUUAUUUCUAGUAAUUUAAACCCCUACUAAUUACUUUUUAGUUCUACACCCCCAGUUGCAUCUAGUUCUAGCAUCAUGUUUUGAAUUUGAUAUUAUUCUGCCGAGCACGAACUUAUCGAGAACUUUCUUUCGCGACAAAAUGCUUAGGCCCGCGAAAAACGCGGGUCUUCGUUGUCGAUUAGAGAUGUCGUCGAGUUUCCGUAGGCUCGUUCUAUCCUCCACAUUUUUCGCGACUACUUUUUUCACCCAACAAGUCCACUCACUUUCCGUACACCACCUGCAUAAAGCUUCUCCGUCACCGCAAAAACAUGCGAAAAUUUUCCACCGGCAAGCUGCCACGCGAGCUAGUGAUACUACAGAAGGAGCCGAGGAAGCAGCACUUGCUGUCGCGGUCAAAGAGAGCGGCAAACGGGGCGGUAACGAGGAAAGCGCGACAACAAGCGCUACUAGUACUGCUCUCGUGCAGAAGAAUGAAGACGGAAUAGCUCCUGCUGCAGACCGUGAUGUCGACAAUCAAGACGUCUCGUCGAAUGUUCUUGACCGCGGGAUGUUAUCCGCAGGAGAAGGACAGGGUGACGCGGAUGAGCAACAGAAACCGCUGACACCAACAACCGCUGACACAACUACGUCCGCCUCCGCUUCAGCGUUUCUCCAUUUCCCGAGAGUAGAUAGAAAAAAACAUCAAGGACAAGCAGUUUCUGGUGUUCCCACUUCUUCAACAGCUGCAGCGAACAAGAACAGUAAGGCGGAUGUUGAACAAGAUGCACCGGGCAGUUCAUCCGGCCUACUAGAGACGAAGAAGCUUACCGUUGGAACGACCAAGGUGAACAAGAAAAUGCAGAUGCAAGUAGAGAUGGAGCAAAAACAACACGAAAAGCAAACCAUUUCGCAGCAAACCAAACUAAACCUGAACCAGCGCAUGAAGUUCGACAUGAUGGCGGCGAACCUCGUGAAAAUCGGCGUUUUCUGCGUCCUGCCGGUCGGGAUAAUCGCUGUUAUCAUCUGUGUCUGUUGCUGCUACUGCAAAAAGGAACCGGAGGAUGAGGGGUGGAUUGAUGAUUACGGCCACUACCACCCCGCCGCGGGGGAAAACAAGCACCAGCAUGGUGAGGAGCACAGGGGCAAAGGAAAGGGCGAAAAAGAAGAGUUUUGGAUGAAAGGACCACCACCUGGGGCGCACGGCAAGGGCGGGGAUAAAGGACAAGGUGGCAAGGAUAGCGCGAUGAAUCCUAACAUCAAAGGCGGUGGUCCUCCACACGGCAAAGAUAUGAAAUUUUCCGGUACCAAAGAUCCGUACGGAGGGAAUAAAGGUGCAGGACCAGGAGCUGCGUACGGUAAAAAUAAUUACGACGCAGCACAACCUCAACCCCUCGAUCCUCAACAACUAGCCGCUAUCGAGCAGAUGCAAAACGAACAGUGGUGGCAGACCAUGACGCAAGACGAACAGGCACAGUAUCUCCAGCAGUGGUAUCAGUAUCGCAAACCGCCAAAAAAACAAGAACUACCCGAGCAGCCGAUCGUGCAGAAGGCACCUGACGAGAACCAGGCGCACGGGAAAAGGUAUGGAAAGGUGAACCCGGUCACUGGGUUGUACGAGCCGAGCAUGAUGGUCAUGCCGGAGCCCACUCCGGAGGUGAAACCAGUCGAUUCGGGGAAGUACUAUCAAGGAUUCGGCGGCAUUGCGCCGUUACCGGGCAAAGAGCGGAAGUCGUCUUCGAAGAAGGAUAGUGCAAAACGAAUCUCCUCCUCCGCCGGCGGGAAGAAAGUCUUGUCCUCCGGCCCACGAGCUGCAAAACUGCCGUCGGGCAACCAACCAGCUACGUUUGCGGGGGGCAUGGCGAGCACUCCCGCGCCGCCGGUGACGUUUGCGGGCGGGAUGGCAAGCUCGCCCGCACCAGCUCCGAUUACCUUCGCAGGCAGCAUGCCCAGUCACGCGAUGGCAAGUCAGCCGAACGCGAUGAACACGAGUCAGCCCGCUAACCAGACGGUGGACAGCCACAGCACUUUUGCGGGAAGUGGCGUCACCAGCGGACCAGGUGGAAACGCGGAAAGCUCGUUCAAACUUGGCGGUAGUCCACCAGCGAACUUAUGCAAUACAAAUUUCCCGUACACGACGUCGACGUAGGUAGACGUAGAGGUACGAAAUUAUGCAUGACAAAUUUUGGCAUUGGCAACUCCAACUUAGAGCCUCCCACCUGUCCUGCUGAACAAGAGGAUUGAAGAAAAGUUUAAGUUUUGUCAUGCAGAAACCGCAUUGGCAUUGGAUGUGCGUCUGCGACUGCGUGCAGUACGGGAACAUUUUUCCUGUGGAUAUAUUGCCGGCGCGGGUUCCAGAUACAAAGGGACGGGGAAGAUGGGUCUGGGUCAGCAGACAACCGGAACUCUGGGUACCUCAGCGGCGAACAGUAACGUCGAGAGUAAAGAACUCCUCUCCACUGACCCACCCCCAAUGAAGCGCAUUUCGGGGAUAUCCUGAGCAAAAACGUCCCCACCCCAUAGUCAAGUUGGUCUAUCUGCAACACAAAUCUCCAAGUUUUCGGCGUUGUGCAUGACAAGUUCCCAUCUGCAGUGUAGUGCUGGUUAGCACGGGCAGCCGCAUGAGAAAGCCAGCUUGUCAUUCUGUUUACAGUAUUACAAAGUCCAAAACACGAUUGGCAACGCCUGGCAUGGACCUGCGCAUUACAAAUCUUCCAGUCAUCGCAAAUCUGCAUGACAACUCUGGGGUGGGGACGUUUUUACACAGCAUAGGGGAAAAUCGGCGACCAGAGCGCCGUUCCAGACGCAGCCAGAACUUCGAAUGCACGAUCCCCCGCGGCCUUGCUGUGGCAACAAGCCGGCAAGGAGGCCCGCGCGUCCAACCCGUUUACGCAAAUGCUGCAGGCCGCCCGGGCAAAAUCCACGUCCACGGGAGGCUCAGUGGCUACAAAUAACGCCGAUAGCGCGUUGCCGGUUACGCCGUUCCGGCCCAGUAACGCGGUGGCGCUCGACUCGCAGAAGGGACGGAUGGGCGGGAAGGGCGUCACGAGCGGAACGGUGUCGAAAAUCAGUGUUGGGCGGUUGAUAUGCAUCGCAAAAGUGUAUCAUACUCAUGGUAAUUGCAGUCAUGCAUGAAAAAUCCAACCUUCUACGUCAACUAGCAUGACAAACUGCAUUUUUCUUUCUUCACAAAAUUUGUGAUGCAAUUCGUAUAUAGUAAGAUACUUUUGCAAGGCAUAGUUGACGGCGCAGGACCCUGGGACCAUUGAGCCGGAGGACAUGUCCGCACUGUUGGAUUCGGCGAAAAGGAGGAAGAUUUAGAGUUCUUGUUUAUUCAAGGGUGCAGAGCAGAAGUACUCGUACUCCUAGUUCGUUGGUCCUACCUUUUUUAUCAGUAGUACGAGUACCUCAGUACAUCAAAACAAAUUCAUCUAGCACAUUUUUGUAUUCUUUUUUUUUUGGAAUCUCAUUCUUUCUCUUACUCUUUCAAAUUAUGUUGCAUUUUUUUUCGUUUGAACAACUUCAUCGACCACGACCCACACCCAGUAUUGCAAUGACCAAGUUGAAGUUUGAUUUGAGUCAGAAGAUGACGAACGCCACCUCGACCUGUUUAUUCGUACCCAGUUUUAGUAAAAACAUGUAGCGCACUAUGACGGCAGUAACGUGCCCAACAGGCUAGUUACCCAAAGGGAUACAGUUUUUUUUUUUCGGUGUAAAUAAGGUAGUUAUAUAUUAAAUUGCGAUGACAGAGCGGUGCAUGAUCAGCGAAGAAGAGG